AUGAAAGCAGAUAGUAACAGUCCGUACACUACAGCCCCAUCCAAUCCACCAUCUAUUCAUUACGGACCGAACUCUAGUGCUUUCACAAGUACUUUGGGUCUUUCAAAAAGUGGUGCCAGUAACAAUACAGUUAAUGCUAUCACAUCAUUAUCAAAGGAUACUUCCAGCCAUGAAGCGGGACCUCUUGAGUCGUGUAAUAAUGUUAAUCUUCACAGUCGUCUAGAGAAUUUGAAACAUUGGGGUGUAAAUACAUUGAAAUGCACAAAACAAAUAAUAGAAGAGAAACUUGGGACGGCAAGUGUGACAUUCGACCAGGAGUUAGAGGAUCGGAUAUCUUCAUUAAGAAAUAUGCAUCGGCAGUACAAAAUACUACAUAAUCUUGCCCAAAAGUUGGCUGAUAGUUUUCGGGAAACUAUUGGCCAUCAGCUACAACAACCCGAAUUAAGCAAUGAGUUCACCUACAAUACAGAAACACAACGUAUCGUGAUUUCAAAUGGAGAAAAGUUACUGGCAUCAUUAGAUCAUUUUGUUAAUUCCCUGGGUACGCUUAUUGGUCAUGCAUUUACGGAUACAUGGGAUACUGUAGCCAGUAUGUAUUCAGCUCGAAUUGAAUAUGAUGCUUAUCGUAAUGAAGCGAAUCAGCUAAAAAAUAAAAAACCUGUUAAUGAUAACAAUAAUACUGGUAUUACUGUGCAGAAAACUCAAUAUAUAACGGAUCAAAUUCAUGAUGACCGUCAUAUUCAGUCACGAUUAGAAGCAGCAUGUGGACGGUAUGCUGAACUUAAGAAAGUUGUGUGUUGUAAACUGGAAUUCUUGCAAGAUAAUAGGCUACGUGUUAUGCAACAUCAAUUAAUGCUUCUUCAUAAUGCCACAUCUGCAUUCUUCUCUGGUAAUAAUUACCAGUUAGAGCAAAUACUUAAUGAAUAUAAAAUUAAACUACCAAACAAUCAAAAUGGAGUUAAACAUUAA